UUGUUUGUUGUUGUUGGACUUGCACAUUUCUGAGAAGAAGGCUGACUUUGUUUAUUGUUUUGCAUACCAGCUUUUUUUAUACACAACAAUUAUAUAUAUAUGUAUGAGAGAAGUCGGCCGUAUUGUAGUUACCCACGUCAGAUAAGUUUUUUUCAUUUUGCAUUUAUUUGUGAUAACUCCUUACCAAAAUGGCGGAGCAAGCAUUUUAUGUCAUCUUGUUCCUCGCCACCAUCUCCAUAGCGGAGGCUGCAGUAAGAAACAACACCUUUGGGAAUGACUUCACGUCCAACGCCAUCCCGGGCUCAUCUUCACUGGAUGAUCUUGCCGGAGACAGGAAGGCGGCUGCCGACUUGCAAGCCAAAAUUGAGGCCAUUCACCAGCACGAUCCGCGCAGUUCCCUCCAACUAGCUCAAGAAGUUCUGACCCGGGUGUUUGAACAGUUCCACGCCAAAACUGGGGGCGACCAUGUGCCGAUUUCUCAGCUAAUCGAGCGGAUGGGGGAAACCCAGGGGAAGACGACGCUCUAUCUCUUUCGACUAAUUUCCUUCAUGGACACCGACAAUGACUACAAAAUCAGCAAAAAUGAAUUUGCAAAUUUUUUUAUGGGACCGGCCGGCCAUCCGGAUAUGCUGAUAGACUUACUGCUCCGAAUUCAAGACACUGAUCAAAACGGCGUCUUGAGCGCCUAUGAACUCCUUUGGAACGAGGUCAUGAGUCUUGGGAUAAACUACAACUUGUUCGACAUGUGGCGUUCCGCUAACCAGAAGCUGAGCGAACUUGACUUGAACGAUGACGGGAUGGUGGACACGAGCGAGUGGGGGCAUUACGUUAUAUUCAAUAUCAACGAAGCCCUCGUCCAACAAAGAGUCGAUGGGUCAAAAUAAUUCAAGGCGAAAUAAAUAAAUAAAACAAUUUUUUUGGUCCUAAACUAA